GUGGCUGGGGGUGGGAGGGGUGAACACUGUGUCCUUACAGUUAAAGCAGAAGCAGCAGCUCAAAGAGCUUCCUCGGGGAAAACCCGGGAACUGGUCAGCAGGUUGAGCAUAAGGGUAUUGCAGGAACCUGCACCCAGAGCCUCUUGAACCAGCAUGGCCGGCCUUCAGGACAACACUCUGAGGAUCGUUCUGGUGGGAAAAACUGGAUGUGGGAAAAGUGCGACAGGAAACACCAUCCUUGGGAAAAUAGCAUUUGAUUCUAGAAUUGCUGCCGUGUUUGCUACCAAGAAAUGUCAGAAAGGAGAGAGGGCCUGGAAAGGGAGGAAGCUUCUUGUUGUGGACACCCCAGGGCUCUCUGACACCAAGGAGACAUUGAGGACCACCUGUGAGGAAAUCAGGAAGUAUCUCUGCUGCAACAGCCCCAGGCCUCAUGCCAUAGUUCUGGUCGUACGGCUGGAUCACAUCACAGAGGAGGAGAAUACAGUUGAUUUGAUCAAGACCAUCUUUGGGGAGCACGUCACGGAGCACAUGAUCGUCUUGUUCACUCGCAAAGAGGAAUUGCGUGGUCAGAUGCUGAGUUACUUUAUAGCGAGGGCAAACAACCACCUAAAAGCCAUCAUCAAGGAGUGUGGGUUACGCUGCUGUGCCUUCAACAACAGAAGUGCAGACGAGGCUGAGAAGGAAGCUCAAGUGAAGGAGCUGGUGGAGCUGAUCGAGGCAAUGGUGCAGGAGAACGGAGGGGCUUACCUUUCUGAUACCAUCUGCAAGGAGAAACUUCAGGAAAAGGAAGACUGUGUUAUCCUUUAGAAAGGAAAAAACUGGUAGAAGAGCUUAUGUGUAGCAAAAAAUGUGAAAACAACAUAUGGAGAAUAAGUAAAAUCCCUAAAGGAAAAAUAUGAUAAGUUGAAAACACAGACACAGAAGCCAAAAGAAACAUAUUUGCAGGUGUUUUUAAUGACCUUUGGAGUGUGCUUUCAAAUGUAUGGCAUAGGUUGUGGAAAUCAUGCAAAUUUUAUUUUUUUCUUCUAAAUUGACUAAUAUUCAUCAGCAUGGCAGAAAGUAUGUUCCAAAGAUGGUUCUAGCGAUUUCUUCUGUCCCACCUGUUUUUCUUGUACUCUGACCUGUUGCUCCUUCUGUUGAGUGAUGGGGACUCUGCCCCCUCCUUAAAAUUCCAUGGACUCUGUGACUGCUUUGAUGAGUAGUGGCUGGUCUGACUUCUGAAGUUAGAUGGGGACAGUGCUGCCUUGCUCUCUGCGGUACCUGCCCUCAGAACAUGGCCCCCGUGCUGUGAGGAAG